UCCUUUUUAAAGAAGCCGGAGAGGGUCGGUUCCCGAGUCUCUGUAGGUAGCUUAUUGUCUAUCUCCACCACCAUGCGAGCCUUCUUCUCUCGCUUCGCCAUCCCAAAACCCUUUCAUUCUCCUUUCUUUGCGAUCCUCCGCUCCAAAUCCAAAUGCUUCUCACGGAACCCUAAUUUCGUUCCCGUUGAUACCGGAAGAACGUCCGGCUAUCCUCGUGCUUUCGCAGCCAUGCCGGGCUCUGCAGAAGAUUUCGUCAAGGGGCGCGUCUUCCCUAACGGCGUUGCCGUCAUAACCCUCGAUCGUCCCAAAGCCCUCAAUUCGAUGAAUCUUGAGAUGGACAUAAAGUAUAGGAGUUUUCUUGAUCAAUGGGAAACUAAUCCGAGUGUUAAAUGUGUUCUGGUAGAAAGCAGCUCUCCUCGUGCCUUUUCAGCAGGAAUGGAUAUUAAACAUGUUGCGGAAGAAAUUCAAAAGGACAAAACCACACUAUGUGGUGAUGUGAAGCGGAUUGCAGUCAGAUGUGAAAUGUCCGAUGUUAUUGAGGUCUUUACUGCAGAAUAUUCUCUGAUAUGUAAGAUUUUUGCGUACAAAAAGCCUUACAUAUGCUUCAUGGAUGGUGUGACUAUGGGCUUUGGAAUUGGUUUGUCUGGCCAUGGUCGCUACCGGGUUAUCACUGAGAGGACUCUUCUAGCCAUGCCAGAAAAUGGAAUUGGUUUGUUCCCAGAUGCUGGCUUUGCUUAUAUUGCUGCACAAGGUCCAGGAGAAGGGGCAGUUGGUGCUUACCUUGGAAUGACUGGAAAAAGAAUUUCAUCUCCUGCUGAUGCACUAUAUAUGGGUCUUGGAACUCAUUACGUCCCUUCUGAAAGCUUGGUUGCGCUCAAGGAAGCUCUUUUAAGUUUUGACUACUCCGAUGAUCCGCACAAAGAUGUCCAGGCACUACUAUCAGGAUAUGAGAAGGAGCCUGAGUCAGAGGCUGAGCUGAAAAUGCUUUUGCCUCAUAUCGUUUCAUCUUUUGGUUCCCAUAGGUCAGUCUCUGAGACAAUAGAAGAGUUGAAAAAGCAUCAAUUCAGCACUGAUGCUGUAGUGGCGGAAUGGGCGGCUGAUUCUCUUCUAGGACUUGGUAAAGGUGCUCCCUUUUCGCUUUGUGUGACCCAGAAGCAUUUCUCCCAAGUUGCAUCUGCACAUCGAAAUGAUGAACACCAUUUGUCAAAACUAGGUGGUGUUAUGAAGACUGAACAUCGCAUUGCCUUGAGGUCCUCAGUUCGAAAUGAUUUUGCUGAAGGUGUUCGAGCAGUCUUGGUGGACAAGGACCAGAAACCAACUUGGAGCCCCUCAAGGUUGGAGGAUGUUGAUAUGACUGAAGUGGAAUCAUUGUUUGAGCCUUUACCUCCUGAACAUGAACUGAAUGUGUGAUCAGUUAGAAGCUUUGAAGCCGCAUAGAAUGGAAGGAAAGCUUUGUUUUUAUGAACUGUGUCUGUGGGCAUUCGUGGAAUGAAUAGAUGGACAGGAUUUAAAAGAUAUGGUUUCAUUUAUAAGACCUUGGUCCAUGCUAGGAUAUACUUCAAAUGGUACUUCAAAUGGUUGGAGAUUGCGUUCUGUAACUUGUGGCAGCAUCCCAUGCUGUAACUGCAGGAUUGUGCAACCUCAGAUAUUGUACUGGUAAUGGGCCUGAGUUUAUUGAUACUUGAAUCGAAGUUGAAGCCAUCCAUCUAGAGGGGCUUGCGAGUUUAGUGUUUACAAGUUCGUUGAAAAGUUUGCAUAUAGGAUAAGAAUGACAGUUGACACUGAUGACAAGAACUAUUGUAGCCUUUUUAGGACUCCUUGGUUUAGUGUAUUCAAGCUAAAUUGGAGUUAAUAAAGAUUGGAUUCAAGUGGAAUGCAUGGGCAAGGUAUCAUGUUUGCUUGUGGUAUUUGUAGUUGCCAUCUUCCUUUCUGGUGAAACUGCACUUGCUUGAUGAUCCUUGGUAUCGUGGUACCAUCAUUGGGGUUUGAUGGUCAAAAUAUGUACUCCAACUGGAUUCUUAAAGUCUUCGCAUUUUUGGUGCAGGCUCAGUGCUUGACAUAGCAAAAUCUCCGCGUUCCACUCUUUCACGGAUGAGGAGAAAAUAAGUAUCUGUCGUGUUUGUAUUUCACGCUGUUUACCAUUAUUAUUGCGCAAAUCUGUAGUGAGACUCCUGGUGCCCAUGUACGUGGGAGGAACCACCAAGGCUGUGUCAUAUUCCAGCUAAAUAUCAAGCAUGGGGUGGGACGGCGUAGGUGACCGAGUAACGAACCCCAUUAAAGUUUUGGAUCACUGGAAAUUGAGAAGUUGGAGUGUUGAGCAUGCCGCAUGAAGGGAGCGUGGAACUUAAACAGGUUGCAAGAUUUCUGCCCUGUCAGAUUCGUGCUAGCUUCAAGCCCAGUCGAUCUGAAGUUUUGUGUUUUAGAAACUUGGACUCGUGAGUAGUGAUCUCCGAGGCGGUUUGGAGUUUGGUGCAACAUACGGGAAGAGAUGAUUGUUGGAUGGGUCCAGAUUAACACAGUAAUUGAGGUCCCACUACAGAAAUUUUUUCUCAUGUUAAGCCCUCGCAAUCCCAUCUUUUCAAGGUCGAGCUGCUCAACGCAAGUGCGCCUCUAUGGAUGGUAGAAAGCUAGCAACAUUAGCAAUUUGAGGCCAGGAGAAGACAUAUUAGGAAUUUGGGAAAUUAGGUGGUGAGAUUUGAUGGUCCCUAGAGCUUGGCUCAGGCCAUCAGUUGUUCAAGAUCUUGAACUACGGCGCAGGAUAACUCUGCCUACGUCACAGAUAACCAUGACGGCCCAUACCCACAUUGUGAUGGGGUAUACGCUGCUUAGAAGACGGAAGCAUUCUGCCCUUUUCUGUAGACAAGUCUCGUUCAUACGUGUCUUAACCACUUCGGUGUAUGCUAAAUGCUUGAUAAAAAGAAACGUUUUUCUGUAGUUUGCUGAUAUAUGGAGCGCUCUUCUGUGACAAUGGGUUUCUUAGUUCUGUUUAUGUCAAUUGUUUCUUUUAUCACCACCUUGAACGUUAUUAUUACAUAAUCUAGCUCCAUUUUUUCUGCA